GCCGAGUCGAACUAAUCAAAGUCAAAUAAAUGACCGGUUUAUCGUUGGCGGCAAAGUUAUAAGCCUUUGGGAAAUAGUGUUGUUUAUUUCUUUCAAAAGUUUUUAUUUUCCUUAGAAAAUGCCUCGGACUACGAGAAGAUCCCUUAAAACACUACAACAUACCGCCACCGAUACAGAAAAUUUAGUGGGUAGGCCGUCAAAAAGUUUAAAACAUCAGCUUAGUCAAGAAUCUGUUAUAGAAGUAGAGGUAAAGAAGAAAAAUCUUUCCACAAAGGAAACUCAAGUUAAUCUCGAGAACAAAAUAAGUGCUGAUGAUUUGACAAAUCCCAAAGGAGCUUCAGAAAGAUAUUGGCAAAUUUUAGCAGAGAAGCGUCAAGUUGCUUUACAAGAAGCUCUUGAUGAGAAUGAAAAACUACGACAAAGUAUUGAAGAAUUAAAACAAGAGAACAUGCAGUAUAAACAAAUGUUAGAUGAGGCCAAUAGCUUUGUUGAAGUCAUUAAGGAGGAGCUAGCGAACAGCAGCAAAGAUGACACUGGGAUUGAUGUCAAUGAUGUCAGCACUGCAGACGAAGCCCCAGAGGAAGAUGUAAUUAAAACAGAUACAUCUAAAAACUAGAAAUAAUGUAUAUUUAUAUGGUCUUUAUUAGUUUUGUGUGUUAAGUUCAUUUUUAAAUUUUAAUUUUCCUGAGUGGUGUUACUUUUAUUUUAAAAAGUAUGUACUUUCUCCAUUUAGAUAGUGUCGUAAGAUAUUUAUCUCAUACUUUCUACACAAUAUCUUAGUAUCAUUGUUAAUUCAUUAUCAGAGAAUUCUUAUAAAUACUUUUUAAGUCCUUGAUACUGAUUUGAAAUAUUACAAUAAAUAUUUUAUGUACUGAACAAUAACUUUAAAAA